UUUAGCUGGUCUUAUUGCAGAAAAGGAGCAGGAGAAAGAAGCACAGCACCAGCCGAAGAGGCUUUUCCAAAUUUCUUCCCUAAUCAGUAAUCGUACAAACGCAACCAUAAGGUUCCCAGCGCGUCCGCCUCCUUCCCCCUCCUUCCGCUCCAACCUGUCCCGUUUUUUCCAUUCGUUCCGCUCCCCUCCGUUCUCCAAUAUUUAUUUCCUGUACGUGAAGAGGAAAGGGGGUCCCCCCGUCGUGCAAUGCAGCAACAUGGGCACGUUUGACCGCGGCGUGCAGAUGCUGCUGAGCACGGUGGGCGCGUUUGCCGCGUUCAGCCUCAUGACCAUCGCCGUGGGCACAGACUACUGGCUGUACUCGCGCGGCGUCUGCAAGAUCAAGACAUCCAACGAGAAUGAGACCAGCAAGAAGAACGAGGAGGUCAUGACCCACUCGGGCCUGUGGAGGACAUGCUGCUUGGAAGGAACCUUCAAAGGACUGUGCAAGCAGAUCGAUCACUUCCCGGAAGACGCCGAUUACAAAGCAGACGCCUCCGAGUACUUCUUACGUGCUGUGAGAGCAUCCAGCAUCUUCCCCAUCCUCAGCGUGAUCCUGCUCUUCAUGGGAGGCCUGUGUAUAGCUGCCAGCGAAUUCUACAAGUCCCGCCACAACAUCAUCCUCAGCGCCGGAAUCCUCUUCGUCUCUGCAGGUCUCAGUAAUAUCAUCGGCAUGAUCGUGUACAUAUCAGCGAACGCAGGCGACCCCACCAAGAGCGACUCGAAGAAGAACAGCUACUCGUACGGCUGGAGCUUCUACUUCGGUGCGCUGUCCUUCAUCAUGGCCGAGAUGGUGGGAGUCCUGGCUGUGCACAUGUUCAUCGAUCGGCACCGAGAGUUGAGAUCGGGCGUGAGGGCCGCCGAUUACCUGCAUGGUUCAGCCAUUACACGAAUCCCCAGCUAUCGCUACCGCUACCGGCGCCGCUCACGCUCGAAUUCUCAGUCGCGUUCCUCAUCACGCUCGACAGAGCGCUCACAGUCACGUGAAGCCUCCCCGGUCGGUCUGAAAGGCUUCGGCACCCUGCCCUCCACCGAGAUCUCCAUGUACGCGCUAAAGGGGGGCCACGGCACCCCGACGGCCACCUACAACUCGGACAGGGACUUCCUCCAGGUCCACAACUGCAUCCAGAAGGACCUGAAGGACUCGGCUCACGGAAACUCAGCCAACCGACGCACCACGCCGGUAUGAGGAACCCCAUCCCCGCUGAAAUAAACACGACAAGGGGCAACAAGAUCAGAGCCCUAAAAUUUUACCGCUCAAAUUUCAUGUACCGUGAGUUCUCAUGAUUAGGAAGAGCUGGGCGGAGUUCCUGUUCUUUUCCACAGUCUGUCAUGUUUGCAUGAUUUUUUUCCCGCCAUUUUAUCUUAGAUCAAACCAGCUUGGGUGUGUGAAUUUAGGUGCGUUAUUAGACACACUGGCCCUGAAUUUUAUUACCAUUCCUAACACGCCUUCGUCGACUUUCCCUUAGAAGAGUGGGCACUUGCAGUGAAAUUUUCAAGAGGAAAACACUCGACCUUGGCGUCGAAACAAUCUCCAUGGCAAUUAACUUUUUUUGACCCAUGAGUCAUAUUGGCUUGCUAAUUCGCUAGCAACACAGUAACAGUUUCUUUGGCUGUCAGUGCAGGUGAAGAACUUGGAGUAAUCCCAGUUUGAUAUUUGACAUGCUGAAUUUUUUAAAUUAGAACUGUUUGGUCCUUUUUUACACUUAAAAGCAGCUUCAUCCACCAUUUUCUAGGAAGGCUAAUGCUCCUGAAAUCUACUCGGGCGAUGAUCCCUCGUGUAAUAAUCUUCGCUUUAGCUAAUAAAAUGUUGUUCUUGCUCUUAAGAUGGCGCCAGAAUUUAACCGAGGAAAAAAACGUGAAAGGAAGUCAAUAAGGGCGUGUUAAAGUGUGGUACUGAAACAAGGCCCAGGGUAAAAACAAAAAGCUUGUACUUUCUUUUACGCUUGUACGUACUGAUUUGAUCAUUUGUGAUUUUGUUUGCUUUUUAUUUAUUUAUCUAUUUUUACAUAAAAACUGUGAAACACCGCAGUAGGGAUUUCAGUAAGGAGUAGCCCAGACUGCAAACAAAGCUAUACAUUAUAUAAAUAUAUAUAAUGUAUUAAUUUUCUAACUUAUUUAAAGACUUUUCUGAAGUGCAAAAAAAAAAUCUAACAAAAAUGGACAAGAAUACACACACAAAGUGCAAAACUGGCGGGUGAUGAGAAACCGAGCGACGUGGAGAAAGAAAGUAAAAGUGAAAAAACGCCAAGAUUUUCCACCACAAAGCUGCUGGAACAAAGAGACACUUUUGACUUUCGAUGAAAAAUCUAUUCUUUUAAAACGAACCUUCUCAUCUUUUGCUCCGUCCCUGUCCGCUUUCUUUAUUUUCCUCCUCCCGCCUUCAGCCACCGAGGGAGCGCAGAACCGAGCGAAAGGCAGCCGCUGAAGGGGAAAGGUCAGAGGUCAACUGAUGGACUCCAGGAUCCACUGCCAAGAUGGAGGAUGAAAAAAAAGCAAGGAGGAGAGGGCGAGGAAAAAGACGAGGAUGCUGAACACUUAAUCCUUGCGGGGAAAAAAGCAAGUGACAAAAUUAACAAUGAAACGUUACAAGACAUGAAGCUAAGUAACUCAUGAAUAAUACAGAAAUUAAAUGCAUGCUAUAAAUUUACAGAAAAUCUGCUCUUGAGACGUUUUAAAGGAUAACAAUAAUUAUAACGGGGAAAAAAGCAAUGCUAAAAAACUUUAAUGUGUACUUUUUCUUUUCUUUUCUUUUCUUUUUUAAAUCCAAUUCAUUAUACGGCUUUGGUAACAAAUCAACCUACUACUAUCUUUGACUGCUUUUUACAUUUUUUGUUCAUUCUUUCUAUGUAAAUGUACAUAUUUCAUUUUGAAAAUCACACAGCCUUAGCCAUGUUUUUUUCCUUUAAAAUAAUUUCAGUGUGUUGUUUCAAAUGAACUCUAAAAGGUGCCAAAAACAGAAUGAUCCUCAACUUGGAUGCAUCAAGUUCUGAUGAAUAAAAGACGAACCCCAGGGGGAACAAAA